AUGGCGUCCAACGGUAUCGGCAUCGCCAACCUGCCCAACCAGCGUCACAAGAUUGUGGCCAAAGCAGGUGGCCACUUUACGCUCAUGGUGGUAGGUGAGAGCGGUGUGGGCAAGACUACGCUCAUCAACACGCUCUUCAGCACCGAGCUGGCUACGGGCAAGGACCACACACGACGACACACCAAGCAGCUCGACAAGACGGUCGAGAUUGACAUCAUCAAGGCCGAGCUUGAGGAGAAGCAAUUCAAGGUCAAGCUCACCGUCAUUGACACGCCCGGCUUCGGCGACUAUGUCAACAACCGUGAUUCGUGGACGCCCAUCGUUGAUUUCAUCGAUGACCAGCACGAGCUGUACAUGCGUCAGGAGCAGCAGCCAGAACGACGCGAGAAGACCGACCUGCGCGUCCACGCCUGUCUCUACUUUAUCCGCCCCACCGGUCACACGCUCAAGCCGCUCGACAUCGAGACGAUGAAGCGUCUUGGAACGCGUGUCAACCUGAUCCCUGUGGUGGCCAAGGCCGACACGUUGACGCAGGCCGAUCUGGCCUUGUUCAAGCAGCGCAUUCGCGAAGCCAUCACCACCCAGAACAUCCGCGUCUACUCCCCACCCGUCGAGGUCGACGACGAGGCGAGCGCAGAGCACGCCAAGCUACUCAUGAGCGCUAUGCCCUUCUCGAUCAUCGGCAGCACUCACGACGUUCGCACUCACGACGGCCGCGUCGUCAAGGGUCGAGACUACCUCUGGGGAGUCGCCGAGGUCGAGAACGAGGAACACUGCGACUUCAAGAAACUCCGCUCGCUGCUCAUCCGCACUCACAUGCUCGACUUGAUUAACACCACCGAGGAGCUCCACUACGAAAACUACCGCCAGGCGCAAAUGGAGACGCGCAAGUUUGGCGAGCCCAAGGUCAAGAAGCUCGACAACCCCAAGUUCAAGGAAGAGGAGGAGAUGCUGCGAAAGCGCUUCACCGAACAGGUCAAGCUCGAAGAGGCGCGCUUCCGUCAGUGGGAGCAGCACCUGAUUGCGGAGCGUGACAGGCUCAACAAGGAUCUAGAGACGGCUCAUUCUACUGUCAAGGCCCUCGAGGCCGAACUCGACGCUUUGCAAAACGGAUACGGCCGAGGUUCGCAGCGUCGUUGA